GGACCAACUGCUGCAAAGUAAAAGAAACAUGAAGUCACUAUUGGCUGUAGACUUGAUCGUCAUCACUUUUGUUCUCUGUUCUGCUCGACGAUUCGACAGUGCCAAGGUGUUUCGUGUAAAACCUGAGAAUGAAAAGCAAGUGAACUUAAUGAGGAAUUUGGCAACUGUCAUACAGCCAAUUGACUUUUGGUAUCCAGACUCAGCAUCACAAAUAGUCAACCAGAUGGAAGUGGAUUUUCUUGUCAGUGCGGAUCAGACCAAAAAUGUGGAGGCUCUCUUGAAGAACAAUAACAUCCAUUAUGAGAUUUUAUUUCAAAACCUGCAAGAAGAUAUUGAUAAACAACUUGACAACAAAAGAAACGCUACAUCCAGACACAGCUAUACAAAAUAUAAUGACUGGUCUCAGAUUUCUUCAUGGAUUGCAAGAAUUGCAAGUAAGAACCCAGAGUUGGUUUCCCGCAUCAAAAUUGGAAACACCUUUGAAAAUCGCCCCAUAUACCUCCUUAAGAUUGGGAAACAAAAGGAUGCAGAAAAGGCCAUCUUUGUGGAUUGUGGAAUUCAUGCACGAGAGUGGAUUUCACCAGCUUUUUGCCAAUGGUUUGUGAAAGAGGCCAUCAGGACCUAUGGAAAGGACAGCAACAUGAAGAACAUACUGGACAAUAUGAAUUUAUACAUUGUUCCUCUAGUCAACAUUGAUGGUUAUGUCUGGAGUUGGACUCAGAAUCGCUUUUGGAGAAAGAAUCGCUCCAACGCGUCCAGCAAUGCUUGCGUUGGUGUUGAUCUCAACAGAAACUUUGAUGUUACAUGGGGCACUGUUGAUGCCUCCAAGAAUCCAUGUGAAGAAGUGUACUGUGGAACUUCACCAGAGUCUGAACCAGAAACGAAAGCAAUUACAACAUUCAUCCGCAGCCACCUGUCUUCAAUCAAGGCCUAUCUGACUAUUCACUCCUACUCUCAGAUGGUGUUGUUCCCCUAUGGCUAUACUUAUGAAAAAGUACCUAACUAUAAUACACUGAAUGCACUUGCAAAGGGAGCUGCCAAAGCUAUAGCUAGCCUGUAUGGCAAAAAGUAUAAAUAUGGAGCAUCAGCAUCUACAAUUUAUCCUUCUUCUGGCUGCUCUGAUGACUGGGCUUAUGAUCAAGGAAUCAAAUACUCCUUCACCUUUGAGCUUCGUGACAAGGGCAAAUAUGGGUUUCUCCUCCCUGAAACUGAGAUCAAGGAAACGUGCCAAGAAAUCAUGCUGGCAGUGAAAUUCCUUGCCAACUAUAUCCUGAAUCAGACUUAAUGCAGACUAGAGUUUUCUGGUGUACUGCAGAGGCUUGAAAAUAAAAUAAAUGCAUAUAUCACAACAA